UUAAUUAAAUACAAAAAAUGUCUUACUCUCGUAGCUGUUGUACUAUCCCACCUGUCAAAUCUGAUUAUGUUCCUCAAGGUACUAUUGAACAUUUAGGUGAUCUUCCUGUAUAUACCGUUGGACCUAAAGACGCCACCAAAGCCGUCUUUGUCUUUUAUGAUAUUUUCGGUUUCCAUGUGAAUACAAAGCAAUUCUGUGAUAUCUUAGCAAAGAAUUGCGGAUGGAAAGUCGUGUUACCCGAUUUCUUUCGUGGCGAUUAUAUAGUCCCCAGUGAUUUGGGCAACCGAGAGAAAAUCAUGGGCUGGGUGGCAACCAAAGGAAAUGCAGAGGCAUUAACACCUGAAGUGGUGAUUGUGCAAGAUUAUUUGAAAGCAUCCGGUGUCACUGCUGCUGCAUUUGUUGGUUUUUGUUGGGGUGCCAAGAUUGCGGUUCAAUUGACUUCUACUUUACCUUUCUUUGUGGGUGCAUCAUGUAUCCAUCCUUCAUUUGUGGAUGUUUCUGAUGCCGAAAAGGCCGGUGCUCCCAUUUUAAAUAUUCCUUCCAAGGAUGAACCUGAUAUGGUAAAGUGUAUAUAAAAAAAAAAAAGAAAAGGAUAGUGAAUUUGUUUUUUGUCUUUUUGCUGAUGAAUUAAUGAAAUAUGUUAGACUGAGUAUAUGGCCGUGUUGGCAAAGAAACCUUUUGGAGACAAGUGUAAAUUGGUUCGAUUUGACGAUAUGGAUCAUGGAUUCUGUGCCGCUCGUGGUGACUUUACCGACCCAUUAAACGCCAAAAGAGCUAAUGAAGCCAUUCAAUUAACUGUGGAUUUUUUCACACAAUGCUUCCAA